AGAGAGUGGGCCGAUCGAUAGCGCAGCGCUCGGUUCGGCGCCCUUUGCGCGUGCGCAAUGAAGGUGCGCUCGGAGUGAUCGAUCGGGCAGGAUUCGCGCCUCCAUUUUUCUAGGAGUGAGCAGAACACCGUGAGAACCGGACUAGCGGGUACGGGGGGGGCCUGGAUACGUGGAGAGAGGCAGCUGGCAGGGAAAUUGUCUUCCUCUUCUUCAAGAUGUACAGAACCAAAGUAGGCUUGAAGGACCGCCAGCAGCUCUACAAGCUGAUCAUUAGCCAGCUGCUCUAUGACGGCUACAUCAGCAUUGCCAACGGCCUCAUCAACGAAAUCAAGCCUCAGUCUGUGUGUGCGCCCUCAGAGCAGCUCCUGCAUCUCAUCAAACUAGGAAUGGAAAAUGAUGAUACCGCAGUUCAGUAUGCAAUUGGUCGUUCAGAUACAGUUGCCCCGGGCACAGGGAUUGACCUGGAAUUCGAUGCAGAUGUCCAGACUAUGUCCCCAGAGGCUUCAGAAUACGAAACCUGCUACGUCACAUCCCAUAAAGGGCCAUGCCGUGUAGCUACCUAUAGUAGAGAUGGGCAGUUAAUAGCCACUGGCUCUGCCGACGCAUCCAUUAAGAUACUCGACACAGAGAGAAUGUUGGCCAAAAGUGCCAUGCCAAUAGAGGUCAUGAUGAACGAGACUGCGCAACAGAAUAUGGAAAACCACCCAGUGAUUCGGACUCUCUAUGACCACGUGGAUGAAGUCACAUGUCUCGCCUUCCACCCCACAGAACAGAUCUUGGCUUCUGGUUCAAGGGAUUACACGCUUAAAUUAUUUGAUUAUUCCAAACCAUCUGCAAAAAGAGCCUUCAAAUACAUUCAGGAAGCUGAAAUGUUACGCUCCAUCUCUUUUCACCCUUCUGGAGACUUUAUACUUGUUGGGACUCAGCAUCCUACUCUUCGGCUUUAUGAUAUCAACACAUUUCAGUGUUUUGUCUCUUGCAAUCCGCAAGACCAGCACACCGACGCCAUCUGUUCCGUCAAUUACAAUCCCAGUGCCAAUAUGUAUGUGACUGGUAGCAAGGACGGCUGCAUCAAGUUAUGGGAUGGUGUUUCGAAUCGAUGCAUCACAACUUUUGAGAAAGCGCACGAUGGUGCUGAAGUUUGUUCUGCCAUUUUUUCUAAAAAUUCUAAAUACAUUCUUUCAAGUGGUAAAGACUCUGUAGCUAAACUCUGGGAAAUAUCAACAGGACGAACGCUGGUCAGAUACACGGGUGCUGGCUUGAGCGGGCGGCAGGUGCAUCGGACGCAGGCCGUCUUCAACCACACAGAGGACUAUGUGCUGCUGCCUGACGAAAGGACCAUCAGCCUCUGCUGCUGGGACUCGCGGACCGCCGAGCGCCGGAACCUGCUGUCCCUGGGUCACAACAAUAUCGUGCGCUGCAUCGUGCACUCGCCCACCAACCCCGGCUUCAUGACCUGCAGCGACGACUUCCGGGCGAGGUUUUGGUACCGGCGGUCAACCACGGACUAGAGCCGCCUGCCUUCUUAGGGUUCUUUUCUCCGGGACUCUGCCCCCGUCCCUCUCAGGUCCCGUCGCCAGCCUCAGUAGUGUCAUCGAACCAUCUUUGGCAGGUGGGCUGCCACCUCUGCAUCCUUCUUGGAUUUGUACAAAAGAAACUUUUUUUACCUUGAUGUAGAAUCAUGGUGGAAAAAGCGGGAAUCGCAGAUCUGCGCACUUGUGCAGUCACUGAUUAUUACAGUGUGAUUUUCAUCGGUUUUGUAAAUACAGGACUUGCCAUUUCUCUUUCUAGAUUUCAAGUGGACCUGUCGUGAGGCAUUUUCAUUGGAUUCUUUGUCAUCUUUGGUGCCUGUUCCACUUCCUCUUUGUAUGUUUCCUUUCAUAAUAAAUUUUGGCGGAUAUGUGGGCAUCCCACUCUGAGAAUCCAAGAGUUUUGUGCCAUAGGAGAACCAUUUUAGAGAAUCUAUCAGUUCUAUUCUAAAAUGACAUCGUUCUGAAAAUAAAGCUCAGAUCUGCAACUUCAGUGUUACACAUUUUUCACUUCAGUAAAAUUAAUGGCCAGUUUUCCUGAAAAGUUACAGGAGACAUCUUUCAUCCUCCUUCCCACAUCACCCUCUCAGUACCUCAGUGUUUAUCUUCAGUGGGUGUGUUUCUUCGAAGAUGACCACUUGAUGGGAAAGCUAAUUUUGGAAAUUACUCCAGUCUAAUCAAAAUCAGGUGAUUCCACCACUGCUCUCAGGUGUUGCUUAUCUUCCCAAAUGAUUAAGAUCGAUUGACUUCUUAUGUAAUUUUAAAUCUUAUUUUUCAUCAUGAACCAUAGCUACUCAUCGUGGAUGCACACGGCAACCGUGUUCUCAAAAGAUUUUUUUUUUUUUUUAAUCAACUGAUUCAAGUUUUCUUUUUCUUGGAGCUUUUCAGGAGGUGACAGGAUUUCUCUGGAUUUGGCUCUAGCUAGGUCAGAAAACCCCCAAUUCCCCUCACAGGGAUGACUUUGGUUUGUCCUUAUCCCCAAAUACAAAUACCUCAUGAUCUGGGUAGGAAUACCUAGAAAUAGAACCUGGGAUAAUUUGAUCAAAAUAUUAACUAGAUUAAAGUUAAAGUAAUUGUUUUAUGUUACAGGAAUUGAAAAGUCUUCUGAAGUUUAUUGUGUAAAAAUUCUACUUUAGUCAUGCUUAAGAAUCAUUUUAGCUCUUUGGUCUAUAAAACCUUUUUAAGCGUUCUUAACAUGUUAAAUCACAGGGUUUUGGUUCAGAUUUACAAAGAGCUGUAUUUUUUAGUCCAUAGUGAGUAAAUUUGUUUUUAUUUCGUGUCCUUAUUCCCUAGUAUUUGAAGUUGGCCAUCUGUGGGUGCUUCUUUUGUAAGAUUAAAGGAAACCUGAGUCAGAACAAGGAUAACCAGUAAUACCAAAAAAAAUUACCAAACAAAACGUCCCCUUUUUCUCACUUUUCUUUUGCUUUCAACCUGUCAAACUGUAAAGGAGUGCUUUAACUUUCUGUAUUCUCCUGGCACGUGCACUGGAACCACCACACAGCUCCUCUGGAUCUUUUUAACUCUUCGUGAAUUAAAAUGAUAAUUCCUACUUUUUCCAGUUUUUGGAAUAGUUUCAGCAAUGGAUCUCUCUUCAGGACUUCUAUUUACAAGAUGAAGGUACUUUUGUGUUUCCAAAAUGGAGUUUUUAAAAAUAAUUUUCUUUUUAAAAUUACAGUAAGUUUUUGAACUGGUGUAAAUUCCAGGAAUGUUAAACGGACUUGCUAUCCACACACCAUCAAUUGUACCACACUGCACUCAGCAUUCAAAUGGUGAAUAAUAUGUUAUUUUUUAAAGGUAUGUGAUUUCUAAAAUAAACCUUUUUUUAUAUAACUUAA